CUCGGCCGCGGCUCUUUCUGAGAGCGGGCGCGCGGGUGAGCGGUUGUUCGCGUGGCGUGUGGCGCGGUGUCUGGGCGGCCUCUAAAGAGGGAUCGCGGUCGUCGUCGGCGGGAGGCUAGCGGGCGGCUGCCGGCCGGGCUUUGACAGCGCCCCGCGCGCAGCGGGCAGUAGCCCAGGAGGCGCGUGGCGGCGCUUGGCCUCGCGGCGGCAGCGGCCCAGCCGUUGGCGGCGAGUGCGUCUGCGCCUGCGCGGCGGGCCCCGCGCCCCUCCUCCCCCCUGGGCGCCCCCGGCGGCGUGUGAAUGGCGGCCUCGGCGGCGGCGGCCUCCGCGGCGGCGGCGGCAGCCGCCUCGGGCAGCCCGGGCCCGGGUGAGGGCUCGGCUGGCGGCGAAAAGCGCGCCGCCGCCUCGUCGGCCGCGGCCUCGGCCUCGGCCUCGGCUUCGGCCUCGUCGCCCGCGGGGGGCGGCGGCGAGGCGCUGGAGCUGCUGGAGCACUGCGGUGUGUGCCGGGAGCGCCUGCGCCCCGAGAGGGAGCCGCGCUUGCUGCCCUGCCUGCAUUCGGCUUGCAGUGCCUGCCUCGGGCCCCCGGCGCCCGCCGCCAACAGCUCGGGGGAUGGCGGUGCAGCGGGUGACGGCGCCGUGGUCGACUGUCCUGUGUGCAAGCAGCAAUGCUUCUCCAAAGACAUUGUGGAGAAUUACUUUAUGCGUGACAGUGGCAGCAAGGCUGCCACAGACUCCCAGGAUGCAAAUCAGUGCUGCACUAGCUGUGAGGAUAAUGCCCCUGCCACCAGCUACUGUGUGGAGUGCUCUGAGCCACUGUGUGAGACGUGUGUGGAAGCACACCAGCGGGUGAAGUACACCAAGGACCACACCGUACGCUCCACUGGGCCAGCCAAAUCAAGGGACGGUGAGCGCACGGUGUACUGCAAUGUGCACAAGCACGAGCCCCUUGUGCUGUUCUGUGAGAGCUGUGACACCCUCACCUGCCGGGACUGCCAGCUCAAUGCCCACAAGGACCACCAAUACCAGUUUCUGGAGGAUGCAGUGAGGAACCAGCGCAAGCUCCUGGCCUCGCUGGUGAAGCGCCUUGGGGAUAAGCAUGCAACACUGCAGAAGAACACCAAGGAGGUUCGCAGCUCGAUCCGCCAGGUGUCUGACGUACAGAAGCGUGUGCAGGUAGAUGUCAAAAUGGCCAUUUUGCAGAUCAUGAAGGAGCUGAACAAGCGGGGCCGUGUGCUGGUCAAUGAUGCUCAGAAGGUGACUGAGGGGCAGCAGGAGCGCCUGGAACGACAACACUGGACCAUGACCAAGAUCCAGAAGCACCAGGAACACAUCCUGCGCUUUGCCUCUUGGGCUCUGGAGAGUGACAACAAUACGGCCCUGCUGCUCUCCAAGAAGCUGAUCUACUUCCAGCUGCAUCGGGCCCUCAAGAUGAUUGUGGACCCUGUAGAGCCACAUGGCGAGAUGAAAUUUCAAUGGGACCUUAAUGCCUGGACCAAGAGUGCAGAGGCUUUUGGCAAGAUUGUGGCAGAGCGUCCUGGCACCAACUCAACAGGCCCUACGUCCAUGGCCCCUCCUCGGGCUCCAGGGCCCUUGAGCAAGCAGGGCUCUGGCAGUAGCCAGCCCAUGGAGGUACAGGAAGGCUAUGGCUUUGGCUCAGACGAUCCUUAUUCGAGUGCAGAGCCCCAUGUGUCAGGUGUAAAGCGGUCCCGCUCAGGUGAGGGCGAGGUGAGUGGCCUCAUGCGCAAGGUGCCACGGGUGAGCCUCGAGCGCCUAGACCUGGAUCUCACGGCUGAUAGCCAGCCACCAGUUUUCAAGGUCUUCCCAGGCAGCACCACUGAGGAUUACAAUCUCAUUGUUAUUGAGCGUGGUGCUGCAGCUGCUGCUGCUGGACAGCCUGGAUCUGCUCCACCCGGGGCCCCUGGGGCCCCACCACUACCUGGCAUGGCCAUUGUCAAGGAGGAAGAGACAGAAGCUGCCAUUGGAGCUCCGCCUGUUGCCACGGAGGGUCCUGAGACCAAGCCUGUGCUGAUGGCUCUGGCGGAGGGCCCUGGUGCCGAGGGCCCCCGCCUGGCCUCACCCAGUGGCAGCACCAGUUCAGGUCUAGAAGUAGUGGCUCCAGAGGGCACUUCAGCCCCAGCUGGUGGUCCAGGUGCCCUGGAUGACAGUGCCACCAUCUGCCGUGUCUGCCAGAAGCCAGGGGAUCUAGUCAUGUGCAACCAGUGCGAGUUCUGCUUCCACCUGGACUGCCACCUGCCUGCCCUGCAGGAUGUCCCAGGGGAGGAGUGGAGUUGCUCUCUCUGCCAUGUACUACCCGAUCUGAAAGAGGAAGAUGGCAGCCUGAGCCUGGACAGUGGUGAUAGCACCGGUGUGGUGGCCAAGCUCUCGCCAGCUAACCAGCAGAAGUGUGAGCGUGUCUUGCUGGCCCUAUUCUGUCAUGAGCCCUGCCGACCUUUGCACCAGCUGGCUACUGACUCUACUUUCUCCCUGGAUCAGCCUGGUGGCACCCUGGACCUGACCCUGAUCCGUGCCCGUCUCCAGGAGAAGUUGUCACCCCCAUAUAGUUCCCCCCAGGAGUUUGCCCAGGAUGUGGGCCGCAUGUUUAAGCAGUUCAACAAGCUGACAGAGGACAAGGCAGACGUGCAGUCCAUCAUCGGCCUGCAGCGCUUCUUCGAGACUCGCAUGAACGAGGCCUUUGGUGACACCAAGUUCUCAGCUGUGCUGGUGGAGCCCCCCCCCCUGAGCCUGCCUGGUGCUGGCCUGAGUGCCCAGGAGCUAUCCAGUGGUCCUGGUGAUGGCCCCUGAGUCUGUGGCCUCUCAGGCCAACCCGGCCUGGCUCUGUUCUCUGUCCUGUCAAAUUCCCUUCCCCCUACCUCCCCCUCUGGUGGCCUGGCUCCUACUUCUUGGUGGCCCCAUCCCCCAACCCCUCACAAUAUGGUUUUUACUUAUGUGGAUUUAAUAAAAACUUCACCACAGUU